GAGUGGGAGUGUGUCAGCCUAGAUGCUGUGAUGGAUGAAGUUUCGUCAAAGGAGCAAAGAAGUGGGGAAAGUGGAGGGACAAUAACGUGUGCAGGCUGCCUCAAUGUCAUCGACGAGGAUGAGUUUAUACAGGCACUAAACCAAGAAUGGCAUCUAGAUUGUUUUCGGUGUUCAGCGUGCGAUAUCGGUCUCUCCUCGUGGUACUUUGAGAAAGAUGGCUUACUAUUUUGUAAGGAUGAUUACUGGGCUGCUUACGGGGAAGCCUGUCAAGGUUGCGGCCAAAUCAUCACGGGCCCUGUUAUGCUGGCAGGCGAUCACAAAUUUCACCCAGAAUGUUUUGCCUGCAACUCUUGCGGAGCGUUUAUCGGCGAAGGAGAAAGCUAUGCUCUAGUCGAGAGGUCUAAACUCUAUUGCGGAUGUUGUUACAAAAGGCAGAUGCAGCCGAUCAACAGGACAGCAAAUUAUCCGUUCGCCCGAAAGCCGCACAGCAUCAGAUUGGUGGAAAUACCCCCGAACACUUCCGAUUCCGAGAAACAACGGGGAAUCAAACUGACAUUAGACUCGACUCCUAGUCCUCGAAAUUGUGGUGCUUUGCUCCGUAUAUCCGAGUUAAUGAGAAAUGUUCGUGGAAAGAUCAGUAAGCUGCUGGCCUCUGUGAUGGAGGUUCUGUUUAGGCUAUGCUGCCACUUCUCUAAUCAUAGACUGAACAUGUCCAGUGAUCUUAUAUCUUUACACAUCGGCGACCGAAUACUUGAAGUGAACGGCACACCGGUCAAGGAUCAGCCUAUAGAAAACAUUGAAAAUCUUAUACAAUAUUCGGAUACAGUUCUGCAGCUGACCAUCGAGCAUGAUCCGGACGCAGUGUCGCGACGACCAACGUAUUCCUCGCCAUCUGCGACGAUGUUGACGUCGAUUGGGAGCCCGAGAACGAGCCCGGAAAACAAGGAACGGCUGUUCAAACGUCGCGAUGAAGGGUAUAUUAGCGGAACGCGAAGCCGACAAUUGCGUAGAACGAGGGAUCCUAUGCACAAGGAGCGCAGCAGCUCCAUGUCGCGACUGCUCGACGGAUCUUCCCCGACGAAUCCUACGUGCGACCUGAGCAGAACUAGAUCGUUUCGAGUGGAGCCAAAGAAUCAAAGGAUAUUCCGUGCCAGUGACCUAGUGAAAGGUGAACUCCUGGGUACAGGAUUCUUCGGACAAGUGUUCAAAGUCACGCACAGGGAUACCAAUGAAGUUAUGGUGCUGAAAGAAUUGUACAGAGUGGACGAGGAAGCUCAGAAAAACUUUUUGAAGGAGGUCGCCGUGUUACGUUCGUUACAUCAUAACAAUGUUCUCCGAUUCAUCGGCGUACUCUAUAAGGACAAAAAGCUCCAUUUGGUCACGGAAUACAUAUCAGGCGGAACGCUGAGAGCUCUGCUACACGAUACGAACGAAACGUUACCAUGGGAACAGCGAACGUCGUUCGCGAAGGAUAUUGCCGCUGGUAUGGCUUAUCUACAUUCCAUGAAUAUCAUUCACCGCGACUUAAACUCGCACAACUGUCUCGUAAGGGAGGACAAGACCGUGGUCGUGGCCGAUUUCGGUUUAGCCAGGAUAAUACAGAACGGCAAUUCGCCGGACAAUCGUAAAUACAGCAAACAUUCCGACGGCGAGACCAAAACGUCGAAGAAGGAACGGAAGAAGCGGUACACCGUCGUCGGGAACCCGUACUGGAUGGCCCCCGAGAUGAUGAAGGGUAACAAGUACGACGAGAAGGUGGAUAUAUUCAGCUUCGGUAUCGUCGUUUGCGAGAUCAUAGGACGCGUUCAAGCCGAUCCGGAUUACCUGCCCAGGUCGUCGGACUUUGGUCUGAACCAGAAUGUCUUCAAAGAGAAAUUUUGUGCCAAUUGCCCGGAAAUGUUCUACAGGGUCGCUUUUCUCUGUUGCGACCUUAACCCCGACAAAAGACCGCCCUUCGAACUGAUGCAGGUUUGGCUGGAGGGAUUGGCGUUGCAUUUAUCCGUAGGCGUCGAACUGCCGUUGGAUUUGGAGUUCGACAUCAGAAACUAUACCGGCCCCAGUACGAGUACCAGCGAAUCCACGACCCCGGACACUCUCGUACCCCAACUGAAGCCUAUCAAAGAGGGCCAGGUGCAUCAAGAGAAGAAGAGGUGCAGCGGUUGCCAGGACAGCACGUUGGAACGCGAGGAUCCCGUGCAGAACAACAACACGCUUCAGGUGCCCGACGUGAUCGGUUCUCGGGGAAGGUAUACGAGACAGAACAGCAAAACGAACGAAUCGCCCGGGAACGCGGGCCGAUACUCGAGACAGAACUCGAGGUCCAAAGAAGUUACGAUCGAGAAACCGGAUAUCGUUAUUUCGCCGGAAGGAACGUACACCGGGUGUUUCGCGAGGCAAACAGUGAAAUCGAACGAAUCAUCGCCGCGCCUCGCGAACGACAAACAGGAAUCUUGCGUCAGGCAAAACGAUCAAACGGAAUGUAACCUGAAACGAAUACCCAUCGAAAAAAUCAGAUACGUGGGCAGCGCGAGUCCGUGCUCUUUAUCGGACACCUCGGAAUAUAUUAACGAUAACAAGUGCUCGUACAAGGUGAAUAACAGUUUGAAUUCCAAGUCGACGGAGAAGUCCAACGAUCACUCGAGGACCAAGUUGGAGAGCAAGUUCAAAAUGUCGGACGGGAACUCUGUUGGCUCGUAUUUGAGGCAAAUCGGCAAAUCCAUGAACGUCGCCGAGAAGGAGAACAAGAUGGACGGUCAGAACGACGUCGAGACGAAGAAGGGGAGCGGCGACGCCCCGAAGACUUCGACGGGUUCUUACUUGAGAAGGACAAAGAUUUCUCCCACAAAAGAGAUGCCAAAGAAUGCAUUUUCCGCGCAGAAAAACAGUCAAUCCGAAGCUGGUACUUCGUUGCAAUCAAAAGUAACUGUAAGCUCAGGGGAAAUCGACGAAGGUGAUCGUACGAACGACAGGGUAUCGAGACAGGGUAGCAACGUCUCGGACAUUGGUAGUAUUUUAUCCAGGCAGGGGAGUCUCACAGUAUUAGACUGCAUAGCGAAACACAAGGACAAACUGUACAAAGACUAUUCGCCUUACAACACGUUGAGGAACGAGGAUCUCCGCAGAGGCAAUAGCUGUCGAAAAAAUACUGGACUCUGUUACGCGGACAGCCUCUAUUCGAACUCGAGCCUCUCCAAAAACGACGAUCUCCUCAUUUACAAUACGCAAAAUGACACUCGCGCCGAUAACAAAAAAGACUGCACAGCGUCCAUCCAAGAUUGCACGAAACUGGAGUCGAACGAUACCCAGAAGCCUGUAAUCGACACGAAGUCAAUGUACGAUAACAAGUUGCCUAACUCGUUGACCGAAUACAGUGGAUGUUACAAAAACGAUUUAUGCAGGCAGGACAGCUUUGGUUCUGAUAGCGCGGUGGGUACCAUGAAGAGUGACUUUUUCGCGGACUUGGACUUCGUUCAAUUAAGGGACGGUAGGCAUACGCCGGACCUGUGCCAUACUCCUGAACGGUGUUGCACACCUAACCGUGCAACCUCGCCGAUCGAGAGCACAGCUUUGUGAGAUUUCCACGUCGACGGAGCACCGGAUUAACGUACUGUGUUUAUAACAGUGUUGGGCAGAUUUUAAUCAAAGUAACGAUUCACCGUUGCGAUUAAAAUGAUCAAUCGUUGGUUCUCGUACACGAUUGACAAAUGAAUCGAUAAUUAACGUAAUCGUUAUUCGCUGUUCAUCGUCUAUCCAAUUAAUGAUUAAUUCACGACGACAAAUAACAUAGGUGUUAGCUACUUGACACGUUCACUGGCACGCUGAACCAGUGACAUUUUCUUUCUCAUUUGACUCCUUAACUGCAGAACUACAGUUAAUAAAUAAUAAUUUCCAUAGCUUCUAUCGAAUCUAUAAUAAAAAUGAACUAUUUCCAAUCGUGUGUAAUCUACGUUAUUAGCAAUCAAAGAUUAAUCAUUGAUGGAACCAAUGGCGGGGCGAAUAGCGAUUAAUUUCAAUCCAUUCAGUCUAUUAACAGUAAUCGCGAUUACCUUUGACAACUAAAUUUUCAUAAUCGAUUAAUAGUUUAAUGAAAAUUAGUCGAUUGAUGCCUAACUCUGGUUUAUAACGAAACGAAUCUCACCCUACUAAUUUGAUCUCUGUAACGUCUAAGCCUGUCAAUUUAACUUUCUAGUUUUCGUUUCCUUUUAAUAUUCGUAACCAUUAAAUCGUAACGAGCACACCGGGCGUGCUAAUUUCUUCGUGAACGUGUUUUACAGUAUUGCGUAACAACGCGUAGGAAAAGUAUUAACAAUCUGACGUCCAGUAUUAAUGUAUCUCAUUGCUAUCGGUUCUCGUGGUUCUAAAGCGUUUUUGGAUACUGCGUGUCAGCGGUGCGUUCGUAUUCCUGCAAUAUCUUGCCUUGCGGUUCUUUCAGAAGCGGGAGUUCGACUAAUUAUAAGACUAACGAAAGCAUUCCAUCCAGAAUUAUAUCAGAUGCAUUCAGAAUCGAUAGAGCUAACCGCGUGCUUUUGGAAAAUGGAGCAGCGAAACAAAGCGCCGAUCACGUUAAACGUCUUCUCGAAACGGGCGUUUCAUGGAAACGCCAUAGGUAUGGUCGGUGCCAUCUCCAUUCUACUUUUCAUUUUUUGGAAGUACGGAAUUAUAUUUGGAAGUUCUAAAACAUUAUGUAGAGUCAGUUUGUAGAAUAGAAUGUAAAAAAAAAAAAACAAAUGAUAUCUUUUAUCGGAUAUAUAUGUACAUCGUACUGUAAAAUAUUAUCCACAUAUACGAUGGUGGUGUGCAUGUACAGAUUAUCGACAUGUAUAAAUACGGACGCGUCAAUUAUAUCUUUGUUAUCUGUCUGAAAGAUGGAACUUCGCCAAUUUGAUAUUAAUUACUUUAUUUUUUUAUUUUAUUUUUUUAUAAUGUCCCAAAUGUUAUAAGUUGUAUUCGUUACUUCCUUUUUGACGUGUAAAUUGCAAAAUCGAUCCUGCACUGUUCUUGUGGCGUCGCCUCCCGUGCUCGCCACCAGAGGGAUCGCGCUCUCACAAGCGCUUGGGCCCCCCUGGCGGCGAGCAUGGGAAACGACGCCACAUUCUUAUUUAUUUCAUCGGUGGACCGAUGCUCGCACUUAAUCUAGCAAAGAUAUAAAUGAUGAUAAAUUAGUAUGAUGUGUAUAAUAUGAAGAAUGUACAUAUAGUUUUGUAUAUAUAUUCCAACAUACGUCAUGUUCAAAACACUGUUUACAAAACAUAUAUUUAACAGUAAAAAGCUUUAUAUUGAUAAUGUAGAUGAAAGUUCUUUUGAUACUAUUAAAAAGUUGUAUUUCUAUUCUAUUACAUUCUAAUUGUAAGUGAAACGUUCCCUAAUUUCAUCAAAAUAGAAUGAUAAACGGAGUACUGCAUUUAAGCAAUAAUUUAUGAUCUUUGUUUGAGAAAGGAACACGUGAUAAAUAUUAUACAUAGUAUUGAUAACGGUUUGCAAUUUACGUUGCGUGUGCUCGAAAAAAAGGAAAAUUUGUUUACUUUGUUGCCUAUGUUUCUUUGACAUUACAUUUUUAUUUCUGCGAUCAGGAACAUUGGAAUCGUUCUUUUUUUUCCUUUGACAUUACGACAAAUUUUUAUUAAUCGGUACGCUGUUGUUAAAAGCAUUUCAAUUCAUUACACCAAAUAAACGUUUAUUAUCUGUGAUAAAAAGUGUUUUGAAGCUGUCUAUAAUCGAAAACAUUUGUGGAGUAAACUCAAAGAACUGUUACUAUGAAAGGAACCCCAAUUUCUUACUGUGUCGGUGUGUAUAGAGGAAAACAAUUGCAGUACUAAACGAAUCAUGGUACUGAAGGAAAAGAACAAAUUUUUUAAUGUUAUUUCAACGGACAAUACGUGCAAUAAACAAUUUUGCAAGUAACAUUUAUAUUUCAGAAAUAAAUAAUCAUGGCUUAAACACGGUCAUGUGCGGUAAACUUUGUGAACCGAUCGAAGCGGAAUAAAAAAUGUUCGUCCGUAAAAGAUACAUGUGUACGUAAACUAUCAAUACAUUCGAAAUUAUCGUCCAAUUAAAAGCUGUACGAACACCUGGUUUCGAAACCCACAAUUUAGUCCGGUGUUUCUCAAACCGUCCACAUAUAACAAUAGACAAACUUUCGUUUUAAAGUCAUCUAUAUUUUUCUUAACGAAACUAUCAUGGUACAUACGGUCACCUUUUCCUAAACGUUUACUUAACAUGUAUUUUCAAAUUAUCCCAAAAACUAAUAAUUUGUGGGCGAAGUUUGAGAAUUGCUGGAUAGACUUGUCGAGUACAAAAUGGUCGAAUGUUUUGAUGUUUACGAAAAAAAUUGGCCGCACAUACCGAAUAUACACACGUUUAAGAAAUCUGCGUAACGAAUAACGAAUAACGAAUAACGAAUAACCGAUCGAAUAAUGUAUGAAUAAUCGCGCGUACAUAUAACGCGGCAGGGCGGACUCGUUGUAAAACGUUUUCAGCGAACAGUAUUAGACUCGUUAUCGUUGCUUACUCAUGAAUAACGUAGUACACAAGUAGGAAACAUUAUAGACACGUGACGGGCACAAGAAACGAACUCUGUAAACUUCUGUAAAAAGAAGAUGAAAAAAAAAGGAAGACCUCCGGAACGACGGUAGACACAUUAUUUUUAUAGUCUGUAAAUUGUCACGCUCCUUCUGUCCGACAUUUUUCAAACACGAGGAGCGUCCAACUUGUCUUAACCGUUUGCAAAUUAUUUUUCUUUACUCAGACGAUAGGUGGGCGGAAACGGGAUGUAAACGCGAUCAGAGAAUGCAAACAUAUUUAGUGUGUAACGCUUUGUUGAAGGAAGGGAACGAAUGACAGAAGCCCUGUGAAAUCUCUCGACAGAGGGUUAAGCACGAAACGAUUUAUCUCCUUCGCGGGAAAAUGUUCUCGAAGGGAAAUUUUCAUCGGUAUACAGUAUUUUAUAUAGAAAUUGUGAAAAAUUGAUAACUCGUCUUCGUCUGUUUCAUAACAUUUUAGGAUCUAUUUGGGUACUUCAAAUAAAAUAGCUGAGUGACAGUAAUUAGGCCCUUCAGUCUAGGUUAUGUUUAACAUAACCCCAUGGCACAUGAGUCCCUCUGGCAAGGGUCUCAUAGAAAUAAAUACUUUGUUCUUACGGUGGAUAAUGUUAAAUUUAUUGUUUAAAAGAUAUGGAAAUUCACAGCUUGAACAGUCAACGAAGACUCACUAAAGUGUCACCAAUUAUAUUUUUCUACGGGAUUAUGUUAAUAAAUCAAAUCAACGAGCAUACAUACGUUUUAUGCAGUUUUAAGGUUACGUUAGUUGUAGAACAUGUUUCGAGACCUUGUGUAAUUCAAUUGGUUCGUAAAGUACAGUGUCUACGAGUUACAAAUAGUGUUUGUAAGUUUUCCAUCGAGAAAUUGUUCCUUUAUUGUUAGAUUGGCAAAGAAGCCGUCGUAUUCUUGGCUGACAGGAAGAAAUACACACGUCGUUGUAAAGUGUCGAUCGGAGACUAAGUAAUGCGCACGUUGUUCUUUGCACUGCACAUUUGUUGAGGAACGAACGUAAAAAUAAUUUUGUACUAGACUGAAAAAAAGAGUAAAUCAUUUUCGGCGACGCGAUCACGAUUCUUCCUCGGCGAAAGAUCAUAUUCCUUCUCUUUUUUACAAGUGCCACGGCACUCGUUACUCGCGACGUUUCCGAAUCGUUUUUCCGUGCUGAAAAUCUUAUACGACUAGGGAACAAACGUUUCUGUUUAACAUUCUAGUAAUACGGAGAAAAAAAUGUGAAAAAUAAAUGGU